AUGGCCGCCGCCGCCGUCCAAGCUCCCAUCGCCAUCCCGGCGCCCAUCGCGCCACCCACCGUAAUCGCCCCGACCACACUGCGGGCCACACGACCAACCAAGCAAAUCCCGCAAUCCCUGAUCGAUAAAGCCCGAGCAGUCGAGAAAGUCGAGUUCGACGCAACGAAGCACCUGGCAGCCGCGGAGCCAGGCAAGGUGUUCACGAUGAAUGACCUCGGGUUCGAGGGAGCGGGCAUCUCACCCACCGCGCUCUCGGAGCCAUUCCCCCUCUUCACGCCCGAAGCCGUACAGCAGAUCCGGGCGGAGAUCUUCAGCGAGCCCGUCCUCCGCGACUGCCAGUAUGCGUCGAGCUUCGCGACGAACAUGAUCCGUGGAUACGGGCCGCAACGCGCGCCCUUCAUCUUCAACGCCUGGAACAGCCCCGAGUUGCUGGCGACCAUCUCCAAGGUAGCAGGGAUCGACCUGGUGCCCGCGAUGGACAUGGACGUAGGCCACGUCAACGUCUCGGUCAACGACAAGGACGCGCACACCGUCGAGGUCAAGCGCGACGAGUCGGGAGACGACAGCAUGCCGGCCUUCGCGUGGCACCACGACAGCUACCCAUUCGUGUGCGUGACGAUGCUGUCGGACUGCGAGGGGAUGGUGGGCGGCGAGACGGCGGUUAAGACGGGGAACGGGGAGGUGCUGAAGUUCCGGGGUCCGUUGAUGGGCACAGCAGUAGUAAUGCAAGGCCGCUACAUCGAACACCAAGCGCUGAAGGCGCUAGGCGGCCGCGAGCGCAUCAGCAUGGUGACCAGCUUCCGGCCACGGAACCCGCUCGUGAAGGACGAGACCGUGCUGGCCAGCGUCCGCGGCAUCAGCGAGCUGCCCGAGCUGUACAGCCAGUACGCGCUGUACCGGCUGGAGAACCUGGAGGAGCGCCUGCGGGCGCAGCUGAAGACGCUUCGUGAGCAGCAUGCGCGUCGGCAGUUUGAUAUCACCCGGAUCCGGGGCGCGUUGGCGGAGCAGCGGGAUUUCUUGGAUUGGACUAUGGGGGAGUUGAUUGUGUAGAGUAGCUUCAAGGUUCU